AUGGCCAUGAAGCGUGAAAUAGGGUCAAGGAAGUAUAAAUACCAUCUGGGGAAAAAAAAACACCCGUCAGAUUCAGAUAGUUCUGUCAGUCAGCAUGAAGAGGUUGAUAAUUUUGAUCUCUGUCGUCUGCGCGGUGCAGAUGGUGACAGCGAUCUUAAGCUUCUUAAGAAAAAUUAUCCUUCAGAUGCUAGCAAGACUACCAGUGAAGAUGGAAUAUCAUUCGAACUAGCGCUACAAGAGGGUGAGAAAAAAGAAUUGAACAGGCGAGGAAACUCAGCAAGUUUUAUGGAUGGCAGGACAAUCAACUCAGCGGAUAUGUCUCCGGCGCAUGUAUCGCUGGAGAAGAAAGCAUUAUCUACAGAUGCGCAGGCGUUUUUAAAUGCUCACAACGAGAAAAGGCGCAUCGUCAACCCCACUGCAACAAACAUGAAAGAAAUGGUUUGGAGCAAAGAUCUUGAACACCUCGCCAGGAACUAUGCCAAAAAAUGCAAGUUUGAGCAUAAUAAACAUAGAUCCGAAGGCAUGCCUUAUUAUGUCGGCGAGAAUCUGUAUGUUAGCUCAGGGAAUGUAGCACCUGGUGUGGCAGUAACGAGCUGGGAUAAUGAGAAGAACGACUACUCAUUUAAACAUAACAAGUGUGACCCAAACAGCGAGUAUGGUUGUGGCCACUAUACUCAGGUUGUCUGGGCAAAUUCUGAAUACCUUGGAUGUGCAAAACAUUACUGCAAACAUGUUACAGGUUUUGGACCAGGAUAUUUAGUUGUUUGCGACUACGGUCCUGGGGGCAAUGUUAAUGAAGCGAGACCAUACACUAGUGGACCAACUUGUAAUAAUUGUCCAGCCGGGUACACAUGUGUGAACAAACUAUGCAGUGGAUCUGGUGGCACUGGGUCCAACGCCUGUUCAACGAAUCCAUGCAAAAAUGGUGGCACUUGCAAGUCUGUCUCUGGGAAUGCAGUUUGUCAGUGCACCAGUGGUUGGACUGGAAGUACAUGUGAAACACAAGCUUCCUCUAACUGUUCACCUAACCCAUGUAAGAAUGGAGGUACCUGUUCGGACAAUGGUUCUUCUUUCAGUUGUAAAUGUUCAUCCUCUUGGUCAGGUUCCACAUGUGAAACACUGGUAACACAAGCUAACAUCGAUAUGUGUGGUUUUGAAAACUCUAUGUGUCUCAGUAACUACAACGGUAACGAUGUCGAUUUCAAUAGGUACAGCUCAUUUACUAUGAAUGACGUGAGUGUUCAAGCACCAGAAGGGGGAGCAUUUGCUGCAGCUUAUGCUGGAUACAUUUCUAAUACACAGUAUGCAUAUCUGAUGUCAAAUUAUUUACCAGAGAAAGCCGUUAAAGUGACAUUCCAGUACAGAAUAGUGGGAACUGCUAGAUUGACAUUUGUGUACGAACAAAAGGGGAAGGAUAACGCAGCACCGUUUUCACAUUAUAAAAGCAAUGGCCACUGGCAAACGCAUACCGUGAGCAUACCUGCUGGGAAGAAUACAUUCGGUCCUGUAAGAAGAAUACUGAGAAAGAGACAAGUCAACGAAAAUGAAGAAUUUUUAAAAGCUCACAACGAACAGAGGAGGAUUGUAAGUCCCCCAGCUUCUAACAUGAGAGAAAUGAAAUGGAGUGAAGAACUUGCCACCAUUGCUCGUAACUAUGCCAAACAAUGUGUCUUUAGACAUAACUCUCAAAGAUCAAGCCAAUCGGCAACUUUCAGUUACGUUGGAGAGAAUAUUUAUAUUGGCACAUCAGAUUCAGGAACCCUUGCUGUUACUCUAUGGGAUAACGAAAAACAUGAUUACGAUCUUUCAUCAAACACUUGUACGGGGGUCUGUGGUCAUUAUACACAGGUUGUUUGGGCAGAAUCUGAAUAUGUAGGCUGUGCAAAAGUACUCUGUGGAAAUUAUUACCUUAUUCGGGAAUAUGAACAGUAUGCCUCCCUAUACAGCCGGUACAACGUGUUCCCAGUGUCCCCCUGUGUAUACAUGCAACAACGACCUAUGCAGUAA